AACAGUCCCUUUGAAAAACAGUAACUAUAAAAGCUACACAUCUAUCCUACCACUGCUUACUUCCUUACACACAACAAUAUUCUGCUCCAUGUUUCCAUGGCAACGUGGGUUGCUAUGGUAAUGGUGCUGAAUGUUUACCAUUAGUGAAGCCGAAAUGUGCUCCGAGCUCACUUACAACAGCGUGCGAAUAGCUCACCAAGUUCGCGAACAUGAGGAAAGAAGGACUGCUGAACGGAAAAAGCAUUUAUUGUGUAUUGUCACGCAGCACCUUCGUGACGAAGGGUACCUGGACUCGGCCCGUCUAUUAGCGAAGGAAUCAGGACUCGCCGAUCAAUAUGAAGUGUGCGACAACAUCGAUCUUUCUACAAUCGUCAAAGAGUUCGAGGACUAUUAUUAUGUGCGCUUCCAAAAGCACCCGAAACUCUGCAAAAAAUCUGAUCAGCCAGGAGACGUGUCGACUUCAAACACGAAGGGGCAUGUCCGUAGGAAGCCCAUUCCCAGGAAGACGCCCACGGAGGCUUUCCCCGGCCAUGGUGACGGCGUGGCCGCCCCAGCGUCCACGGAGCCUCUUGAGUUAUUGACAGUGAUGGCGUACCCUCUGUCGCAGGCCGGCACGGCCGGUGCGGAGAGCGUCGAUGACGUCCCUCCGCCGGAACGGCUCCUGAAGCCGGUUGCUGGUAUGCACAAGGACCCCGAGUGGAGGCAUUUCGCGGAGAUCAUUUCCCGGGAUAUAUUCAUGCACAACCCCAGCGUGCGGUGGAACGACAUCAAGGGCCUACGCGAGCCCAAACGCCUGCUCCGCGAGGCAGUGGUCUACCCUAUCAAGUACCCGGAGUUGUUCAGUGGCAUCUUGACGCCCUGGAAGGGCCUGCUGCUGUAUGGGCCUUCGGGCACAGGUGAGUGCGCCCCUUUCCUCCCCUCAAUGCCUGGUGGCCGAUUCACCCAGGCCCCGUCCACAUUCCGAGUUGGGCUGUACCGCACGCACGCAUCCGGCGAGUAG